AAGCGCACACGUUACGCGCAUGCGCGUGACUGUUAGACAGUGACACACCGGCCUCUAUUGCAACGUUCUCUUUUUAUCCCACUAUCGCAUGCGCUUACACGUUGUCCCAUACCUACUUCCCUCUAUCUGUAAUAGCUCUAUGGUGGUUAUACUGUGGCCUAGGUUAGGUAAGGUUCUAAUACGAAGCUAUGUAACCAGUGACGAGAUGGAUGCAAGAGAGGUUGUUUGAGUGCAUUGCGUAUGCAUCUGGCUUGCAUCUUAUAUUUAAUUUUUCUUGAACGUGACAUAGAUAAAAUAUGGAUAGAGGUGUAGCUAACGAUGCGGUAUCGAUGGAGCCUGAAUUAAUAAAAACUUACACGCAGAUACUGCUUAAUAAAGUAUUUACACAGAAACUUGAGGAAAAUGAGGAGCGAACCAAGACCAUAACCGAAUACAUGAACAGGCACAAGAAGGUGAUAGAGGGACUUGAAGUGUAUCCAUUAUCUCUUUCCGAGAAUUGUUUGGUGCCCAUCGGCAAGCGAGCGUUUAUGAAAGGGAAAUUAACUCAUACCAACGAAAUCUUGGCUUCUUUGGGGGACGGCUAUUUUGCCAAAUACAGCGCAUCUCAAGCGAUCGCGUUGUGCAACAGGAGAAUAGCAUGGGCGGACGAGAUGCUGAAGGGCUUAGAAACUGAGAGGAACUUGUAUGAGAUGAGACAAUAUCUGCCACUGGAACACGGUGCCUUUGGAGAGAAGGACACAAAAGACAUAGUGGAACACUGGACUGAGAAUAAGCUUGAUGAGUGGAGAGCACAACAUAGGCAGCACGAGAAGGCGUAUCAUCAGAAGCUGGCGAGAGAAAAGACUGACAUUAGUACCGAGGAAGACCUUCUCAAGAGACUUGAUGAAUUAGAAAUACAAGAAGAGUUGGAAGAUGAAAUUAACAGAUUGGAAGCUGAACAGAAAGAAUUUUACGGCGAUGAUUUGGAAGAGGGCGAAGUUUACGACGAAUCAGAGGAGGAUACGUCAGAUUCCGAUCAAGUCACAACAGAGUUAAUUCAGGAGGAAUUAAAAAAGCUGAAAGACAUCCAAAUGGGCAGAAUUACAAGUGGCGCGUCGAAUAUCAGUUCUGGCGCGGCUCAAGAUGAAAUUCCGGAUACAAAUACUACGAGGAAUGAGGAAUCCCAUGAUUCUUCAAAUUCGAUUCAAGAUACAUUAAGGGAGAGUUGUUCACCUGAACCUAGGGAAGUGUCUAAAGAGACUAAUGGGAAGAGCGAAAGAAGGAUAUCAUUCGCUGAACCAUGUGUCGUAGAAUACGAAGGCAACGCAGAAGAAGCUUGUUCCGCUUCGAACGUAGAUGACGCACACGAAGACUCUGAAGAUGAAGAUGACAUCAUUAGGAUUGAAUUUUCACAUUCAUCCCAUAUUCCAGAUAUACUAGAGCCAAAUAAUGCAGAAAUACAAAGCCCUGUAGAUAUUUAUAAACUGUUUAAUACUCCCAAGUCUAUUUUGAAAAGAUCUCCAAAUGAUACGAUUUACAAUCAAGUCGCUCCACCUUUGAACGAGGACAGUAGUACGGAAACGGAAGAUGAAGAUGUUGAAUAUCCUGUAUUUAGUUCUAUAAUCAAAGAAAAAGUUCAAGAAAGGAAUAUAUCGCCAGCAAAUGAUGUUUCGAUAAAGAAAGACGAGAAAAGAAUUGCGAGUAGAUUCAAACUUGAACGAGCUGCAAGAAGAAAGUGACUUGUAAAUAUAUACUUAAAGAAGUUAUUUUCGCAAUAUGUACCCAAAUAAAUAUUUUCCAACGUCACAC